GCCAUUUUUCAAGCUUUCGCGUGACUAAAAUCAUAAAUUUUUUCACUUAAAUUAAAUUCUCCCUCGUGUGGAAGUUACUCUUGACACCGUCGACUGUACAAUAUGUUUCAUCGAAAGGUUAGAAACAAACAACGUCCUGCAACUUCAUUUAUGAUGGGUGUGAGAGAAGAACGUUUUACAAUUUCACAGUUGGCAUUACGUCAAGAUGAAAAGUCAAAUCCGAAAAAAAAGUUAAUAAAUUGUUUAAGAAAGUAUUGUGACGCUACGACAUUGCAUGGCUUUAAAUAUUUAUCUGAGCCCAACCGGCCCUUAUAUGAAAGGAUUUAUUGGUUAGUUGCAAUUAUUAUUGUUUAUUCAACAGUGGCAUUCAUUGUAAUCGACCAGGUAGAAAUCUAUCUCAGAAAACCUAUUUUAAUUACCUUCGAUUCCAAGUCCAGAUCGGUGACGGAAAUUCCUUUCCCAGCUGUGACAAUAUGCUCCGAUAAUCAAAUACAUUCUUCAACUAUAAAUUUAACUGAGGCAUUUGAUGAUUUUCAACACUUAUCGCCUGAAAUGAGGAAGAGAUUUGAAUAUGCUGUCUACAUUUGUAAUUUUAAUCACCCUGGAGAAGAAUUUGAAACCUUUGAUCCACAGUUCUUUCAUGACAUGCUAGAAAAUGUUUUUGGAAUCGAAACCUGCAGGGAACAAAUCCCCAUACUUAGAUGGAGCUACACCCCGAUGGAUACGCCAUGUCGGUACUUCCAACCUAUAGUUACGGUUCAAGGGGCCUGUUUGAGCUUCAAUAUGGUUCCGUUCUCCUACAUCUUUAGAAACCCAACAACCAUUUUCAGAAAUUGGGCGGAGAAAUAUUGGACAGACAAGAUAAAGGUGUGGAGCCCAGACACAGGGUACAUCACCGGCGGUGGCUCCUAUCCAGACGCCCCGCCAUGGAGAACAGCUGGGGGCAAUGGCGUCCGUUUCGGGUUCAACAUAGAAAUGAAAGACAACGAGGAGCUGUGCAGUAGAGGUGGCAAAGGUUUCUCAGUUUAUGUCCAUAAUCCCGCCGAAAUGCCAGGCCCUGCACAUGCUCUCUUGUACUUGGAAGAAAAUAGAGAAACCACUGUGUCAGUUUCUCCAAAAUUUUAUAUUACAGACGAGAGCUUGAAGAAAUGGUCGACGAAGGAGAGGGGUUGCUAUUUCCAGAAUGAACGAUUUCUUAAAUUCUUCCAAAUCUACACCCAACAUAAUUGUGAAAUGGAAUGUAAGGCUAAUUUCACGCUGAGUAUUUGUCGAUGUGCUCCUUUCUACUUCCCAAGAAACUUAAACACUUCUGUUUGUGGUUCUGCUAAACGUCAAUGCAUGGAGAAAUCUAUAGCGAAUUCUGGAGAAGCUUCUUCAUGUGACUGUCUUCCAUCUUGUUCGGAAUUGCAAUAUGAAAUAAGAGUUAACAAAGCACCGAGGAACUUGAGCCUGGAUCUCACUCACCAAUCGAACGAGACUUAUACCAUACUGAAGGUGAUGUUCCAGGGAAAUUACUUCAUUGGAAUCAAAAGAACGGUCAUGUUUGGAUUCAGUGACUUCGUUGCUAACGUUGGCGGUAUACUUGGCCUUUUCUUAGGUUUCAGCAUAUUAAGUUUGGUUGAAAUAAUCUACUUUAUAUUCUUCAGACCUUGCACGAAUUCACGUCAAAGAAAACGAAUCAAACCUCUAUCGAACAAUAUGAGGAAAUUAAAUUAUGGCUCUUUAGUUGUAUCAAGUAAAUUUAAUCGUGGAUUGUCCCAGUAUCCUAGCAUUACACUGAGAAAUAUAAGAUAUUAAAUA